AUGGAUUACGAAAACCGCAUCAAGGCCUACCGCUUCGUGGCCUACUCCACCGUGGCCUUCUCGGUCAUCUCCGUGGUCACCGUCUGCUUCACCCUACCCAUGUUGCACAACUACGUGCAACGCGUCCAGGACAGCAUCGACCGCGAGCUGGUCCUCUGCGAAGGCUCGGCCAAGGACAUCUGGUCCGAGGUCGCCCAUUUGAAGAACAUCCCAAUGGCCGCCAACCGUACCGCCCGUCAAGCCUACGGCCAAGGAGGUGACGCCUGCUCCGCCUGCUGCUCCGGAGGACAACCCGGCCCAGCCGGACCACCCGGUCAACCAGGACGCCCAGGAAACGCCGGAGCCCCAGGCUCACCAGGACAACCCGGAAGACCAGCCGUUGCUCCAUGCGACUCCAUCGCCCCACCACCAUGCAAGCCAUGCCCAGGAGGUCAGCCAGGUAACCCAGGCCCACCAGGACCACCAGGAGACAAGGGACCAGACGGACAACCAGGACAAGGCGGUGGCUACCCACAACCAGGCCCACCCGGACCAAAGGGACCCCCAGGACCACCAGGACCAAACGGAAACCCCGGUGCCCCAGGACAGCCAGGUGCUCCAGCUCAAGGCGGCCAAUCCGGACCCGCUCCACCAGGCCCAGCCGGAGACCAAGGACCACCCGGACCACCAGGCCCAGCCGGUCAACCAGGACAACCAGGAGGCCCAGGACAGCCAGGACCAAAAGGACCACCCGGUCAACCAGGACAGCCCGGAAACGACGGAAAGCCAGGAGCCCCAGGACAAGCCGGUGCCCCAGGACAAGGUGGAGAACGCGGUAUCUGCCCCAAGUACUGCGCCAUCGACGGUGGAGUCUUCUUCGAGGACGGAACCAGACGUUAA